UCACAGGGCUACCCCGUGGCCUCUUUCCCCAGAGAGAGCCCCACAGUGCUGGUGCUGUGCGGCCCUGGGAACAACGGGGGCGACGGGCUGGUGUGUGCGCGACACCUCAAACUCCUCGGCUAUGAGCCCACCAUCGUGUACCCGAAACGGCCCAACAAGCCGUUUGAGAACCUGACCACCCAGUGUGAGAAAAUGGGCAUCCCCUUCCUGCCCGAGCUUCAAACAGAGCCUCAGCUUAUCGACCAGGCCUACAACCUGGUGAUCGAUGCCAUCUUCGGCUUCAGCUUCAAGGGGGCGGUGCGGGAGCCCUUCGGCACUAUCCUGAGCACCCUGAAGAGGGCGACGGUGCCCAUCGCCAGCAUCGACAUCCCCUCAGGCUGGGAUGUGGAAGCAGGGAGCCCCGACGGGCUGCAGCCAGACAUGCUCAUCUCUCUCACUGCACCCAAGAAAGCUGCUCUGCUCUUCCGAGGACGCUACCACUACCUAGGGGGACGCUUCGUCCCUGCUGCCCUGGAGCGCAAGUACCAGCUGAACCUGCCCCCCUACCCCGGAACGGAGUGCGUGCAGCGGCUGCUGUAGAGCAAGCACAGCCCCCGGGCUCGCACAGCUUCAUGACAAAGAGAACAGUGAGGUUUGCUGUAACUGACCCAUUGCGUGGGGAUGGGAAUACAAUAUUAAUUUAAUACAUUACCAAAGCCUUGAUGUGGAACGCUAGCACUAGGAAUUCUACAAACUUCAGCUGAAGUUAUGUUAAACAAGUUUGUAGUUGUUGCCUUUUAUAUAAAAACUUAAACUUAGCGGUACACUGAAGAAGGAACUAGCCGAAUUGUUUUGUAUCGUUGACUUAAUUUCUGAAAAGUUGAGAAUGAGCGUUUUGAUGUCACUGAAGAAAAGGCAAAGCGAUUCCAAAACAAAGACAUGAUCUCUUUAAACAAAGUCGAUAUAUAUAGAAAUCUGGAACUUUACAUCCAUUCCCAAAACUGUGGGUACGUUUCAAGUUAACAUAUCUUGGUAGUCUACUAUUAAAUGCAUUACUUGUGUAACUGAUUUAUUAAGUCUUGUAAGGACGCUGUAUUCUUUGGCUAGUUAUCGAAAGCAAAAAAUAACCAGUUUUCCAGAGAUUGAGGAGACAUUUUCAAUGUAUUUUAUGUUUUACAGCAGCCUGGUAGAAAACAGAUUUCAAUUCACAAGAAAAUGAACGAUGUUCUUGUUUAGCUCAGUAUUCUAUUGGCUGGGGUUUGCUUUGGUUUUUCAUUUUGGAUUAUAUACUAAACAAAUAAAUAAUGUACAUGCAAUAAUACAA